AUGAGCUCGCCUGUUCUAUGCUGCCUCACAAGUUUUGGGGGCAAACUCUCAAGCUUGUUCCCUCACAGAUUCCAGGAUGUCAGUGACAUUCGACAAGUCCCUGACCAUCAGGAGGUUUUUGCAGACGCUACUCGUGAUGAGAGCUUGAUCUUUGAGCUUUUAGAAUAUAAGCACGAUGUUGCUGAUAAUGGAAGUGCUGUCUGGUUUCUUCAAGACCUUGCUAAUGAGCAGGAUGCUGAAGGAAGUGUGGUUAUUGAACAGUCUGAAGUCCUUGAAGCGCCGGGUUUGAUGUACAAUAACACACCUGCUAGAACAAGUGCAGUAGGGCAAAUGGUAAAGUUUCUAUCUUGUUUUUAA